AUGAAACAAGAAAUUCAGGCUCUUGAGGAUAAUCACACAUGGGAAGUAGUUGAUCUACCACCUAGUAAACAUACAAUUGGAUCAAAAUGGGUGUAUAAAAUCCAAUAUCAAGCAAAUGGUGAGGGAGAUAUAUAUGAAGAGGUAUACAUGUCUAUGCUUAAAGGUUUUAAACAACCAGGAGAGAUGAAGGUUUAUGAAGGGAUAUUGAUUGUGCUGGUGUACGUGGAUGAUUUACUCAUCACUGGGAGCAAUGAUCAGUUGAUUGAUGUAGCUAAACAGACUUUACAUCAGAAGUUUAAGUUGAAGGAUCUAGGUCAACUUAAAUACUUAUUGGGAAUUAAAGAAUUGAGAUCUAGUGCUGGUGUUAUUCUAAACCAGAGAAAGUAUAUUCUAAAGCUAAUAAAUGACAUAGGUCUCAGUGGUGCCAAGCCUGCACCUACUCCCUUGGAGUCUAACUUAAGAUUGACUUCAGUUGAAUAUGACAAGAUAAAUGGACUCACUAGUGAUCAAGUCUUACAUGAUAUAAAUGGUUAUAGGAAGUUAGUUGGAAAAAUGUUGUAUGCCACUAUUACUAGACUAGACAUUUCCUAUCCUUUACAGACUCAUAGCCAAUUCAUGCAAUCUCCUAAGAAGUCUCAUUGGGAUACAACUACCAGAGUGGUCAGGUAUUUGAAAGGCAUUAUGGGUCAGGGUAUUUGGUUGGAUGCUGCACCUGCAUCCAUUUUAACUUGUUGGUGUGAUUUAGAUUGGGCUGCAUAUCCUAACACUAAGAGAUCAAUCACAGGCUAUGUUAUCAAAUUUGGAGAAUCCUUGGUGUCUUGGAAAUCCAAGAAACAAUAA